AUGUGCUGUGACGCGGCCUGCUGUACAUUUCCUGUGCGGGAGAUUCACGCGUGGUCUGUCCACGGUUUGAUUUCUCAUUUUUAAGUCUAUUUAUUUUAUUAAAGUUUUAUAAAUCUGAAACGUUGCUGAGACAGCUGAGAUUUGAGUAAUAAGAAUGGCAGCAGGGCAGGACGCUUCUCUUCACUUGAAUGGCGCAUCAGAGAGCAGUGCUGUUCAUGUUAACCACCUGAACGGUGAAGCGGCCGCGGAUGAGACCGAGAGCUUCAGAUUCAGCUCAGAACCCAGUCUGGAGGAGAUCCGCCGCCUACAAGCCCAGUUCACUGACGAGAGGAACUGGAACCAGUUCCACCAGCCCCGUAACCUGCUGCUGGCUCUGGUCGGGGAGGUUGGUGAAGUCUCUGAGCUCUUCCAGUGGCGGGGAGAAGUGAAGGAGGGUUUACCGGAUUGGAGCGCGUCCGAGCGGGAGCACCUUGCUCAGGAGCUCAGUGAUGUGCUGAUCUACCUGGUGGAGCUGGCUGAGAAAUGCCAUGUGGACCUGCCUCAAGCUGUUCUGCAGAAAAUGGCCCUCAACAGGCUUAAAUAUCCAGCCAGCAAAGUACACGGUUCUGCCAAAAAAUACACCGAGUAUCAGGACUGAAUGUUUAGUGACUUUGUGCUCAACAUCAGAACUUUUGUGGAUUGAUACUGAACCUGCAUGUGCUGUUCCCAGACUAUCUAAACCAUUGGUUUCAAACUGCACUGGUCAGUGAUGAAUUCACUCACUGGAUGUAUAUAUUUCAUUGCCAAAGAGUACUGUGUUAAUCAGAACUGUAUUUUCCUUUGACUUUCUUUGGCAAUGUUCAGACCAUAUUUUAUAAGAUGUCCAAAAUACUCCAAGCAUUGUGGCGGAUCGCUUCAACUUUUUUGAUAUGAUAUCAGUUUCUCAGUCUUAUUAAUUGUAGUAAAGUUUCACAACUAAACCGAACACUGACAAUCACUUAUUUAGAUACAUCUGGUAUUGGUUUAAAAAGAAAAGUGUUCAUCGAAACCACUUCCAGUUAACCUAGACAGCAAAAGAUUGACAUCAGUUAGUGAUAAGAAUACAAAGGUAUGUGACACCAGGCCUGAAUUAAUUGAUUUGUUUAAUUGAUUUGUUUGUACCACAUCUAAUACAUCAGCUUAUACAAACACCUUUUUUUUACUUAUUAAAAACUAAAGGUUGUGACUUGUUAUCCCAGUCCAAUUGAUUGAUCAGUGUAAAUGUUUAAUGUUGUCAACUGGACUCUGUUACAGCCAAGUUAUUCAGUGCUUUUUAUAGUUGAAAAUAAUGUUUUUACCCUUAUUUGCAGGGACCAUAACGUUGAACGUUUUCUGUUUAUUUUUAUUUUAAACUGUGACACACUGUUGGCCCCUUGCAAGUACAAUCAGAACUUUGUAAUAUCUGCUGAUGUUUGGUUCCCUCUUACCCCCCCACAGUAAAUGCAGAUUGUUGCACUUGACUCAUGCUUCAUUGUCUCAUUACUUUUCUGCUAUACGUUUUUGUUGUAAUCCACCUCUAAGCAUUAAAAGUGCAUCAGUUAUUUAAA